AUGCUGGAGAGUUGUGUUGUGGAUGCAACCAGCGCUGUUCCAUUGUUCAGGCAUUGGCCAAACCGUCAUAUGGCAAUGACGGCAGUUGAACACAUGGAUCUAAGGUGUGACAACUGUGCCAACACACAGCAGGAGUGCAUAGCUCGGCCGGGCAAGGCCUGCCUCGCCUGCAAGGAACGAUGCAGCCACGUAAUGAAAGAUGCUGAUAUGUCGGACUCAGCAUCUCAUCAUUCAGACUACUUGGCAGAAAUUGUGAUGUUGGAUGAGCAGCCAGAUGAAUGGAGGGAAUUCCCACGCAAGAAACAGGCACGCGAGGUAGAACCAAACAGGGAAAGAAUAUUGUCAGGAUUGCCGCAAUCCAACAUUCACACAAUUUUCAUCACCACAUGCGACAGUUGCAGUGCCAUGGGCCUGGAAGAGGAGUGCUUUAUUGAACCAUCAAACACCGAUGUCACUGCGGUACAAACAAAGAAACACCAGCUAAAAGUUGUUGACCUAUCUGACUCUGUGUCGGACGAGGUUGAAAUAGUGGAUGAAGCAAACUUCAAGAGAGCUAGACACGCAAAUGACCAUAUGCAGCACAGGAAGGAAGCAAACGUGGCAAAUCGAGAGCACCGGUUUUUUGGAGCGUGUUAA